AUGCUGUUUCUUAUUUGGUUGACGCUGCUCUCCACAGCGUUCGCCCGGCGCAUCAUUAGGGCCACCUCCCUGGUGCCAUGCAUGGACAAUUCAGGUGUCCAAGCGUCCAAAUUCGACGUUACUUUUACCCCUGAUGACCGCACCCUCGCCUUUGACGUUUCCCUCGAUGUUGAAGUCUCGGGUACGGUCUAUGCCGACAUCGUGCUCUAUGUCUACGGAUUCCGUGCCAUCCACGAGCGUAUUGAUCCUUGCAAGUCCUCUGCUCUCCAGCAGCUCUGCCCAUUGAGUACUGGUGAGAUCGACAUUAUUUCUCAGACCCAGGUCAGUGGCUCAGUGGUGAGAGACAUCCCGGGCGUCGCUUACACUGUUCCUAACAUCGACGCCUUCGCCAUCGUCAAGGUCUACACGAACGAUACCGAUGAGCUCAAGGCAUGUAUCCGUGCCGAUGUCACCAAUACCAAGACUGUCGAGCAAACUGCUGUCAAGUGGGUCACCGCCUGCCUGUGUGGUGCAGGCAUCCUUGUGUCUGCCUUGCUCACUUAUAUUGGCUCUUCUUACACCUCACAAAAGAUUGCUGCCACAAGCACUCUCUUAUUCACCUACUUCCAGUCUAUGGCCAUUGUGAACAUGGAAGCCGUUGACCGGGUCCCACCCAUUGCAAAUGCCUGGACUGAGAAUGUUGUCUGGUCAGUUGGCUUGGUUCGUGCCACAUUCAUGCAGGACAUUUUCAGGUGGUUUGUACAGUCUACUGGUGGACAUCCUGCCACCUACCUUAUUUACAGCACCAUCUCCGUCCUCACCCAGCGCAAGCGUGAUCUGAGCAACGUGCCACCGCGUGUAGCUGAUCAUUACCAGUUCCAUGAAGAGACUAAGCGACUGGCAUCUGCUGCGGCUCCGGUCGUCACCUCUUUAACGAAGCGUGCUAACGAGCUAGCCAAAGAGACAUACGCCAAGCCCAACCACUACCUGGUGGUUUACCGCGGAAUCAAACGUGUUGGUUACAGCAUGGGUAUCGAAGUCACCUCAAUUGUACUCACGUCUUACACGAUUUAUGGCUUCAUUGUUUUCUGUAUGGUUAUUAUUUUCCUGGCCCUUUGGGCGUUCUUCGGCUUCAUGAAGCGCAAGCCAGAGGUCCUUGAAAAGCACCGUCACGCAGCGCAGUACGUUCCUAUGCUGUCUAUGGUUCUUAAAGGUAUUAUGUUGAAGCUCAUCAUGUUCUCUUUCCCCGGAGUGAUCAUGUUCUCGAUGUGGGAGUGGGUUCAACAGGAUUCGGCGGCAGUGAUUGUUCUUUCGGUUUUCUUCUUCAUUUGUACACUAGUCAUUCUGUGCUGGAACGUGUUCCAAGUACUGCGUAUUGCUCGUCGCUCUUCUAAAGAAACCGGCACUGCUGCCUUUUUGCUGUAUUCACACGCACCCACGAUGCAUCGUUAUGGGUUCUUAUACCACGAAUACAACUCCAGGUUCUACUACUUUGGUGCCUUGAAUCUUUUGUACCAGUUUGUGGUUCUACUUUUUAUUGCCUUUUCACAGUCCAGUGGACAAACUCAGGGAUUAGCCAUUUUCCUCAUCGAGCUCGCAGUUCUAAUUGUGGUAUGCGUCUACCGCCCCUGGAUGGAUCGCGGUCUCAAUAUCAUCAAUAUUUUGAUGCAGAUCGUCAAGACACUGAACGCCAUGUUCUACUUGUUUUUCUCAAACCUGUUCACCCAACCGCUUGAAGUGAACUCGAUUAUGGGCGUCGUCUACUUUGUCCUCAAUGCAGCAUUCUCUUGCUUUUUGUUGAUUUAUAUCAUUGUUGUGUGUGCUCUUAUGUUGUUCCGUCGCAAGCAUCAGGAGGCCGAUGCUGUCAACGUGCGCGACGACCGUAUGUCCUUCAUUUCCGACAACGUGGUGCGUCAAGAAGCUGCUGGCGAGUUGGCUGCACUUGGACAGGCAGCCCAAGCAGACCAUGAAGUUGGUGAUGACGUUGAUUGGUACAAGUCCCAAGAGAAUCCCUUCGAGUCCGGCCCGCUUGAUAGUAGCUACCGCAAUUCACAACGCACAAGUACUAUGAACACUUCAACCUCAAUCCCCACCUUUGGAGACCUCCAAGAGGGUAUGUUCCGACACGGCCACAGUGAAUCGCAAACCAGUUUUGGUCUUUCCGGCUCUGAUGAAAAGUCGGAUAAAAAGGGCAAAAAAUGGUGGGUAUUCUAG